GUGCCUACGUCAGGACGUGCACGUUUCUUGCAUUUCACGGGGAUGUAUAAAAAGAGCAGAAAAAUCUCAGAGAAGCAUCAGUAAUUUGCAUCAGAGCUUACUAGCAACAUUGGCAAGAUGUUUACUCUUCAAACCGUUUUCAUUGUUGGCCUUGCUGCUGUAGCUUUGGGUGCAGUAAUUAGUCCAGAUCAUCAUUCACCCCCAACACUGCCAACAGUUCCAACGCUUCCAACACGGCCUACUCCUCCGACUCAUCCAACCCCUCCGACUCAUCCAACCCCUCCGACACAUCCAACUCCCCCAACGUCUUCCUGUCACUACGACAAUGGCUGCGGAAGACCUGCUUGUCAGACACCGGAAGAAUUAGCACAAAAAGUUUGGCGAAACAACUGGGACUCAACGAGGUACUGGGUAUGUGAAAAGCUCAAUCAACCCGCAACGGAAAGGAAGUGCAAAGACGGUACUGCUUUUGAUGGAGAAAAACGUCAAUGUGUACUGUGGUGUGAUUGGGAAUGGUGCCCACCAUGUGAUCCACCAACGCAGGUUCCAUGCCCACGACCACCUACUACUAAACCACCAUGCCCACCCACCAAUGCGACAAAACCUUGGAAUCCGACUCCGGAACAAACUGAACCAAGUACUGAGCCUUCAACGAAUCCUACACAACCUCCGACUGAGUCACCAACGCAGCCACCAACUGAAGCACCAACUCAACCUCCGACUGAGCCCUCAACGCAGCCUCCAACUGAAGCUCCAACGCAGCCUCCAACUGAACCUUCGACAGACCCAAUAACGGACUCAACUGCAGACCCAACUUCUGAUCCAACAACAGCUCCACCGGCUCCUUAGCAAAUACCUACAAUGUACAUCCCGGACAGCAUGAAUCUCGAUCCUCGGUAGCUCAAUAAAUAUAAAAUCAGCAAUUAAAAAAA